CUGUCUGUCCCUGCCCUGGCGGCCACAUGUCCUGCCUCUGUGGCUGGGCUGGGGACAAGCAUAUGGGCUCCAGGUACAGGGCUGCCUAAGUCAAGGGUUUCAGGUCUCACUGGUGAAUCAUUUUGCAAGCAGAUGUCAUAGGUCUCCUCAUAGACUGGACAGCACACAAGGUCAGCGUCAGCAGAUCUGACCCUAAAAAUAGGCCGUCUGUUGCCAGUCAGGGUGGUUGGGUGUGCAGCCGCCACAUGCCCCACGGACCAGCACCUCCUGAGCCAGCCAGGCCCCGGCACACCCAGGCUUCUGAAGUCCUGCUGAUGUGCGCAUGGACCAAACCCAGGCCAGGAUAGCUGCAGAAAGGAGAGACAAUCCCUUGGCUCUAAAAUGAAAUCCAGAGAAGUGAAGACAAGCCUCAAGAAUGCCUACUCAUCUGUCAAGAGGCCGUCAUUGAAGGUGGAGGAGGAAGGCGACGAGGAGGACUACUGCACCCCCGGAGCUUUCGAGCUGGAGCGGCUCUUCUGGAAGGGCAGUCCCCAGUACACCCACGUCAAUGAGGUCUGGCCCAAGCUCUACAUCGGUGAUGAGGCAACGGCGCUGGACCGCUACGGGCUGCAGAAGGCUGGUUUCACGCACGUGCUGAAUGCGGCCCACGGCCGCUGGAACGUGGACACCGGGCCCGACUACUACCACGACAUGGACAUCCAGUACCAUGGUGUGGAGGCCGAAGACCUGCCCACCUUCGACCUCAGUGUCUUCUUCUACCCGGCGGCCGCCUUCAUCGACAGAGCACUACGCGACGACCACAGUAAGAUCCUGGUUCACUGUGUCAUGGGCCGCAGCCGGUCAGCCACCCUGGUCCUGGCCUACCUGAUGAUCCACAAGGACAUGACCCUGGUGGAUGCCAUCCAGCAAGUGGCCAAGAACCGCUGUGUCCUCCCCAACCGGGGCUUUCUGAAGCAGCUCCGGGAACUGGACAAGCAGCUGGUGCAGCAGAGGCGACAGGACCAGCGCCAGGACAGUGAGGAGGCCGACGGCAGGGAGCUGUAGGGCCCGCCUCACUGGGCCAGCAGAGGCACUUGGGGACACAGAGGAGAGGCGGAACUCUGGCCUAGGACUCCAGGGAAGGAACAGUGAAACUGAAGCUCGAUUUCUUCCAAACCAUCUUGUUCAACUUCCUUAUGUGUGCUGGGGAUGGGGGGACCCAGAGCCACCCCCGGGGAAAGCCAAGCGCUCAGCCUCUCCGCAAAAAUGGGAGGGACGGGCUCCCUGGCUCUGGGUCACAGAGGAGCACGUGACGCAGUCUCCUGUAUUGUUUUUGUUUUUUUGGUGAGAUGGAAGAGGGAAAGGAUUUUAAAAUGUGUAGGCAUUAUGCUGUGAUUAAAUGUUUGGCUUUGUCUGAAAGGAAAGUCAUGUUCUUAUAAAAAGUAAUUUAAAAUAGAAAUUGCUUUUCCAACCACAGAACGGUACCCGGGCAAGCCAUGUCACAGGAGCACCUGUGCAGCCGCGGGAAGGCUCCUUCCUGGAUGUCCUGCAUUUCCGCGGCAUCCCCUGCACCCGUUUGUCUUUUCAGCGGAACCCCCAGGCUCACACCACUAUCUCUAGAUGUGCUCCUCCAGCAGGGUGGGGAGAGGUCCUGAACCCCUGUACAGAGGCUCCUGCUUUAGGCUUCCCCCACUUUCCCAAGGAACCCAGGGCUCCUCAGACUCUUACCCAGGGCUGCCACUACCCCAACAAAAUUUGGUGAAUUUGGAAAACUUUCUAAUUUUGGGGAGAAAAACGGAGGAGACCCUCUCUAGGGAGGAUCUCAGGGAGGCUCUUUUCACGUGGGUUCUAAUCAAAGCAACACAAGCUGGUUUUCAGUCAUAGCAGAAGGUAUUUGCAAAUUGUUGUCUGCUGUGGAAUGGAGGAUGGGGCAGCCAUUUAAGCUCAGGUGUGGAGUUUGCCUCCCUGAGAGCUAAGCCAGGCGCCAUGACUGCGUGAUUUCCACUCUGAAGAACAUGGCCGCAGGCACGAAGCGGGUAGCGACAGCUUCCAGGGCCAGGAAUCCCAAACCAGGCAGAACCCAAAGAGAGGUGCUGCUGUUGGAGAUGCCGGCCGUCAAGGACCAGAAACGGAGCCUGCCUGAGAAAGCAGAAAGAAUGUGAUAAAGGCCUUCUAAGAAAAUACGAAAAGGGGUCCUGUGCUUCAGUUUGUUUGUGGUUUUCAGCAGAAUGAGAGGAAGUUAUUGAUGGGUGGAGGAGAGAGUCCAGGGGCUCAGUAGAUGUGUAAACCACCUGAGUCACCCUGUGACCUUUGGGGAGACCCCCUGCUUUUGUGCCAGAGAGGAGGACUUGAAGCCUGGGCCCCUGUGGCUGGGCCUGGCUUCCUGGGACUGCCCCAAGUUGCUCUGAGAGUCGCCGUGGCCCAGGAGGAGCCAAGGACCUCAUGUUAACAUGCACACAGGGUUUCAGGGGACGUUCCUCGGGGAUGCCGUCAUGGUAAGAGCACUGGUCUUCUAAUACAUUUUGAAACCUGAAACAUUGCAAAGGGGUCACAAAGCAAAAAGGCAAAGAUGACACAGAAAUAGAAAUGUGCAGUGAAUUGGUAUGUCUUGGUGCUAAGAUAGAAAAGGGGGACAUGUUCCCUCUGAAAAUGCGACAGUCCUGACAGAGAUCAGGUCUAUCAGUCACAACUCAUAUGGCUGUGAGGGGGGAGGGCAAUACUAGGUGUGUGAUGACUACGGAUGAUGGAAUUGCUUAAUGACUCAUAUUUGGGUGUGAGGGAACCAUAUCCUGGCUCUUGAGAAAGAGAUGCAGACCAAAAGGGACCCAGGGUCAUAAUGGCCCCAGUGUAGGGAUUUUGCUACCCCCAUCUGAACGCAGUUAUUGCUUAGCUCUGAUCUGUGCCAUGUCCAGAGAGAAGCCAGUAUUUCCAUUUUAAUGAAUAUUUACAUUUAGAUGAAUUCACGCUGGGGAAGAUGGAGCAUAGCUAGGUGCAUUGCUGGUGUUUCCCGAGCACCCCACACCUUCCUCAGGGCAGCAGAAGCUAAGAAUGGCAAAGUGGCAGUUCUGGUCUCUUCUAGAUGACUCCUGGGAACCAGAGGCAGGAGAAAAGAGAAACAGAAGUUUUUGCUAAAGUGUUUCAAGUCUUCAGAAGUAAGAUAUUAGAUAUUCGUUUGGUCACCAAGUGUCUACUGAGAACCUACCACAUGCCAAAAACUGGGUUGGGGCCAACAGGAAAAAUAAAAAUGCACGUUGUGAUAAAGCACAAUCUGGGAAAUAGGCACGGAAGUGGAGAAAAGUGGGGAAAGGGGAGAAACCCUCUUUAGGCGGGGUGGUCCAGGAAGACCUCUCUUAGGCUUGAAGGUACAAACUUUCCAAAUGUGCUGGUGCAUUCAAGGCUUAGGAACUGCCCAUCAGUGAGGCUGGAGCUGGGAGCUGAGAGCGGGAGUGGAAGGAGAGGGGCAGAGAGACUUGAUUCUAUUCCAGGUUCACAGAAGAUUCACUGAAGAGUUUUAAGCUGAGGAAUGGUAUGAUCUGUUUCAAGAUUACUCUGGAAAGAUCCUUUGGCUGAAGUAUGGAGAACAAAGUUGUAGGGAGUUAAGAAGUGAGGCCAGACCAGUUAGGAGGCUGUUGACAGGAAAGGAGGAGGUGGCCUGGAAGGACAGCUCCAGGGGAUUAGUAUUCAAGAUUAUUUUUGAAUUAACCCAGAAAACGGAUGGGACCUGCCGAGAUGGGGAGGGGAAAUGAGGGCCACCUGAUCUGGUUUCUUGGCAGUGCUUUAAUAUUGAGAUGGGGGGAAACCAGCAGGAAUGGAGGAGGGGUUGGAAAUCAGUUCAAUUGUUAUGCAGAUGUACAAAAGGUGUCCCAGGUCAUUUGUCGUACCAUCUAAAGCUCAGAGGAAUGUUCACAACUGGGAAUGUAAUUCCGGGUGUCAUCUGCAGAGAGGUGGAAUUUGAAGUCAUCAUACCAGAUGAGAUGAUGAGACAAGAGGGGGCCUGAGUGUUGCAGAACAUCAAUGUUUAUAGCUAAGCCUGGGUGGACGGGGAAGGUCCAGGAAAGAGGAUGGAGAAGGUGGAAGGAAUGAUGGAAACCUGGGUACAGAGAAUGGAAGGUGCUGCUUCAUAAUGUGAUAGUACUUAUACCCUGAGUAUCUAAGACUGAUUGUAGACCAAGGCUUGCUUGCAGCCACAAAGGGACCUGUAUUUAUAUAGCACUUAACAGUUUUUACAGCAUCAUGUAUUCAUUAGCCAAGCCUUUAAAUCAGAGAGGUGACAAGUUAGGGCCUUUCACAGAGUAUAGUGUUCUAGAAAAAAGAGCUGGGAUUUGGAAAGACCUGGGUUUGUUUCAGCUCACAAAUUUUAGUCGGGUGAGUUUGGGCAAUUACUGUAGCGAAAUCUGAGCCUCAACCUCCGGAUCUGUAAAUUGGAAACAAGGGCUCCAUUUCCUGCACAGGGUGGGUGUGUGGGAGGAGUGUGUGAAAGCUUUGUGACAAUAUUGUUGAGUCAUUAUUUCUAAAAUAUAAUGUUGGCAAGGAAGGCGGAUGCCCUCAUACCUAGUUAGGCACCACUUGAAACUACUAAAAAGUGAGGCUGGCGACUGACCACCACUUCGUACAUCUUAUAAAGAACAGAAUACAGUUAUGGUUUUAAAUGAUGUGGCCUGUUAAUGAAUCUCAAUCUAAUGUUGUUGGUAUUUCAGUUUUGAUGAAUCCAAGUUUCUGUUUUCCCAAAUCCUUGGCAUCACAUUCAGAUGUGAACUGAUUUCUCUAAUGAGAGUGGGUAGGUGGAGGGCAGGGUGUUCUGAGGCCAUCUCAGAUCAGCAGUUUCCUUCCCAUGCUAAGACUUUCUGUUCCAUCAAGGAAUGUUGGGACUGGGGCCAGCUGGGGAGCUCCCAGUCCUAGCUAUGCUGCAGUCCUUAGGGAGCCUGGGGAACCAAGGUGUCCCUGGGACUGUUCUUAGAUUCUGGGUUGGCAGGUCUAGGGCAACGACCAGGACUCUUCCACAAGCUCCCUUAGAGGGCUCUUAGGCAGGCAGGGUAUGGGAACCCAGACAUUGUACAAACCAAAAGGUGUGAUUAGCAGCCCAUGGCCAAAGGGAACACAGAGGGGAAUCUCAGUCCCCAGAGAACCUUAACCCAAGAGGAAAGAAACUAAAUAUGUGAGUGUUUCCGGUUGGGUCCCAUGGGGGGCUCUGGCAGCCUCUUGCCCGAUGUAUGGCCCACUGGGCUGCCCAGUCCUCAGCCACUCCUGAGUGGAUGCAGCAUUGGAUUCAUGCAGGCAUAGACCACCACUUCCCACCCUGAGGGUGGCUGAGAGGUUUUCUUUCCUAAUAGCACAGCACCUUCAAUGGAUCUCUUCCCUGUGUGCCAAUGGCCCUUGCAGACGUGUCUUCCUGGAAGCCCUCCCUCAGCUAUUACAUAUAUUACCCCCAUUGACUUUGCAGUUGAGGAAGGAGGGGACUAAAAGAUAAAAUCCUGACACUAAACCCAAUGUAUUUUGUCACUGUGAAAGAAAAUAAUGAUAAGGGUGAGAGUACAAGGCAGAACUCCAUUGGGCAUCCUCUGUCUGCAUGAGGCCUUUUAUUCUGGUAUAUAUGCUCUAUCCUGCCUUUGCAAGAUUUUGGGUCUACUUUAAGGCUUAUGUUUACACUCUGUACAACAUCUAAUUAUUUUGUGUAGAACCAGCAGUGCAAAAGCCACUCUUUUCCUCCACAGGGUAGUGACUUAACAGAGGAGUUGCAAGCACCCAUGGUCAGACACUUGGAGAGCUUAACAGGUCAGUUUCACACAGGUGCUAAGUCAAGCGUUCAUUUCUAGACUUGCUGCUCAAAUAACCAAAUUCAAGUGACACUCAGAACUUUCUCUGAACACCACACUUGUGAAUAUUCACUUUUGGCAGGGGGUCUAAACUUUAGGCUCUAAAGAAAACAAGAAAACGUACAAUUAAUCAUUCACAACAGAGCAAAACGUUCAUACUUUCAAAAAAAGAAAAUGAUUUUUCAAACAUACAAUCCCAAAUUGGGUAUUUUUUUGGUAUUAAUCUUUAUAAAAAGGAAGUUUGCUACCCUGGUGUGAGGCUCAGAGGGGUGUUUAUACAGACUGUGCGAGUGAGGCAGCUGGAUAUUUGUGCGGGAUCUCUUUGCAAAUGAAGAUCAAAGUCCAAAAGAAAAAAACAAUUUCACUUUAUUUUAAAGACAAUGAUUGGCAUACAGAAGGUAUGCACUCGCAUAAAAUAAACUUUCAUGAAAAGCAUUAAAAUCCAUUAUAAAUUAAUUUAUUAAAUAGGUAUUUGGUAUAUGUGAUGGUUUUUAUUAGAUAUUACUCUUAUUUAUUGCCAACCCCUCCCCCAAAGUCAAAACAAAUCAGAAAAUCCCAUAACUCCAAUUUACACUAAAUAAUUUAUUUUCCCAAAAUGUGUAUGUGUUCUGAGGCGUGACACAUGAUACAGUUCCAUUGGUCAUUCUCUAUCAAUCAUAAUAUGACAGGACACAAGAGGCUAAAAAUGGCUCAUCAUAAUUUAUUUUAUGUUAAAAUGUACAGCUUUUUUUUGUUUGUUUUUUGUUUUUUUGAAGUGACUGACUAAAAAGAGAACAGAUAAAUACAAGAGUGUCGCUGGAUCCUAUUUUAUACAAGGAUUACGCCUCUCCUGCUUGGCCCUUACUGUCACCCUGUACAGGUACAAAGGCUACAAAAAAGGAAGCAAUAUAAACAGACACAAAUAACUUUUUUUGCUUUUUUACAUGCGAUUUGUAAGCUUAGUUUGAGCUAUUCACAAGCUACUUUUCUAUUUUUCCUUAAAAAAUAACUCCAAUAUUUUAUAAAGAUAGAAAAAUCUACAGAUGGAAUGAAAAUGUAAAGUUAGAGGCAUUUCCAUAAAAUAGCAACUUUACACCAAAUUCACUAUUUUUUUUUAAAUCCUGCCAAGUAUUUGGACAUAUAUGAAAUGUUUCAAAACCUGACAGAUAAACACUGAGAUAUGCUUCAUUCAAUAAACAGAAGUCUGCAUUUAUAAAACAGAAAGCUGCCUUUUUUCCCCAAAGAAAUCUGUCACCAAAAUGGAAAAGGGUCUCAACUUUACACCAAACAUUUAGCAAUAAAACCCUUUUGACUAACCAAAUGGGAAUAGCUUUUAUAGCUCUUUACAGUUUUAUAAUUAACAAAAAUAUAGUUUUUUUUUAAAACCCUCAAAUUAGGGCACCCUAAUCAAGGCAAAAAACUUAAGAAAUGGCUUACUGUUAGCACAACACUUGUACAGUACUACAAAAUGCACUGUCACUAACAAAGACAUUAGCGGCAUGCUGAAGUGUCACCUUAAACAAAAUAUACAAGAACUGAAAUGCUAAAGGCAUUUACAUGGAGUGGACAGGGAAGGAAAAACAAAAGCUCUAGGUUCAAUAUUAAAACAGAUAAUUUGGGGGGGGGGCUUGAUAUCCACAUUGUUUAACAGAAGCAGGCACAACAAGUGGCUGCCUCCAAGUUGUAGUCCCAAGAGAGGCCUUCCUUUGCAGAGAAUUUCAUAUAAAAGUAACAGAAACGAAGGUAC